AACUAACAAUACUAUACCAUUACCAUCAUCUUCUUCUUCAUUGACACAUUGAAGCACAAAAUCAGAUUUUUACUCAUCCACAUCCCUUAUCCCAUUUCCCACCAACCCAUGCAUCUUUCAUCAUUUCUCCCAUACCCAAUUCUAAUAAUAAUUUACUAUUAAUUUCACAUUCAUUUUAUCUCUUAUAAUUGUAAUAUAUCCAAAUCCAUAAUUUUCUCUCUUGUUAUUCUCGUUAUUAAUUUUCUAUUUAUUCUCAAUCUCAACACUAUUCACAAUCUCAGAUUCAUUGAAUUCAAAACCCACAAAAACAAAUUUUCAUCAUCAUGGGUACAGAAACAUCAUCAAGGGACAUAACAGAACCAUUUAUUCAACAAGAUCCACAAAACAACAACAAUGAAAAAAAUGAAUUUUUAACCGAACCAGUUCCUGAAUGGAAAGAACAAAUCACAAUAAGAGGUUUAGUUGUGAGUGCUGCUUUGGGUUGUUUGUUUUGUAUAAUAACCCAUAAACUUAAUCUCACUGUUGGGGUUAUUCCUUCUCUUAACGUUGCUGCUGGUUUGCUUGGUUUUUUCUUUGUUAAAACAUGGACUGGUUUGUUGACAAAGAUUGGGAUUUUUACUAAGCCUUUUACUAGACAGGAGAAUACUGUUAUUCAGACUUGUGUUGUUGCUUGCUAUGGUCUUGCGUUUAGUGGGGGGUUUGGUUCAUCCUUGAUUGCAAUGGAUCAAAGAACAUAUGAACUCAUUGGCCCGGAUUAUCCUGGUAAUAGAGCUGAAGAUGUUAAAAAUCCAGGCUUGGGAUGGAUGAUCGGUUUCAUGUUUGUUGUCAGUUUUCUUGGACUUUUUAGUCUUGUACCACUUCGUAAGGUUAUGGUCUUGGAUUAUAAGCUUACAUAUCCCAGUGGAACAGCCACAGCAAUGCUGAUCAACAGUUUCCAUACAAAAACUGGAGCAGAACUUGCAGGGAACCAAGUUAAGCAACUUGGAAAGUAUUUAAGCAUAAGUUUCUUUUGGAGUUGCUUUAAGUGGUUCUUCAGUGGUGUUGGAGAUUCAUGUGGAUUUGACAAUUUUCCUAGCUUUGGUCUGACACUAUUUAAGAACACAUUCUACUUUGACUUCAGUCCAACUUAUGUUGGAUGUGGUCUUAUAUGUCCUCAUAUAGUCAACUGCUCAGCUCUCCUUGGAGCUAUUGUAUCAUGGGGUUUUCUGUGGCCUUUCGUCUCCAAGCAUGCCGGGGACUGGUAUCCAGCUGACCUUGGUAGCGAUGAUUUCAAAGGUCUUUAUGGAUACAAGGUAUUUAUAUCUAUUGCCCUUAUUUUAGGGGACGGUAUUUACAAUCUGAUAAAGAUUAUACUGAUAACCGUUAGGGAGAUGUGGAAGACAAGAUCUAAACAGAACAGCCUUCCUGUUGUGACUGAGGUUCAUGAUGGUGAUAGUUCUGAACUGCAUUUAGAAGAAAAGAAGAGGAAUGAAAUAUUUUUGAAGGACGGAAUACCAACUUGGUUUGCAGCCUCGGGAUAUGUAGGCUUGGCAGCGAUAUCCAUUACAACAAUACCAAUUAUUUUCCCUCCUCUCAAAUGGUACUUGGUUCUAUGCUCUUACAUCCUUGCCCCUGCGUUAGCCUUUUGCAACUCUUAUGGCACAGGGCUCACAGAUUGGAGUCUUGCAUCUACAUACGGAAAGAUUGGUCUUUUCAUCAUUGCGGCAGCAGUUGGUACAAAUGGCGGAGUAAUUGCAGGUAUAGCAUCUUGUGCUGUGAUGAUGUCCAUUGUUGCAACCGCAGCCGAUCUCAUGCAAGAUUUCAAGACUGGUUACCUAACCCUUUCAUCGGCAAAAUCCAUGUUUGUGAGUCAGCUAAUAGGAACAGCUAUGGGAUGUAUAAUUGCUCCCCUCACAUUCUGGAUGUUCUGGACUGCCUUUGAUGUAGGCUCACCCGAUGGCCCUUACAAAGCACCAUACGCUGUUAUAAUGCGAGAAAUGGCCAUUCUCGGUGUUGAAGGAUUCUCAGAACUUCCAAAGUAUUGCAUUGAAAUGUGCUACGGUUUCUUCGCAGCAGCAUUAGCUGUCAAUCUUAUAAGAGACGUGACUCCGAAGAAAUAUUCACAGUACAUUCCUAUUCCAAUGGCAAUGGCAGUUCCUUUCUACAUCGGUGCUUACUUUGCAGUCGAUAUGUUUAUCGGAACUGUAAUAUUGUUCGUUUGGGAACAGUUGAAUAGAAAAGCUUCCGAAGACUAUGCUGGAGCUGUUGCUUCCGGUUUGAUUUGUGGCGAUGGAAUAUGGACUAUUCCUUCAGCAAUUCUCUCUAUUUUGAGGGUUAAUCCACCGAUCUGCAUGUACUUUGGACCUUCCGCAAGCAGCUGAGUUACGGAGCAACUUUCCCCACCCCCAAAUUUCUAAAACCAAACAUGGUCUUGGAAGUGUACUUUCAGACAACAUAAUUUGUCCGAAGAAAGUCUAUUUUCUGAAGGCAUACAAAUUGUUCCGAAUGUGUACAUCCGAAGUAAUUUCGGGGCGGGAAAAAAGUAACUUCCACUAUGUUAAGCAUAUUUUAGGUUGUCCUUAAAACCUUAAUGUUAGUUGGUCUUGUGUUUGUGUUUGUAAAUAAAUCAAAUAUAUUACUUUGCAUUUGUCUAAGUAAAUAUUAGGGGUAAUUAAUUUAUCUAUGUUUCUUAUGUCUUUGGAAAGUAGAAAGACAAAAGGGGAAGGGGUGCCUUCCUUGUGUUGGCUAGUCUUAUCUUAUAUUACAUUCAGAUUCGGGGUAAUUAAUUUGUCCAUGUUUUUUAUCA